GUAAACGCGGCCACGGGUCAUUCUGCGGGCGAGCUGCAGCGAGACAUUUUCUACUCAUUUUCAAACAUUUCACUCCACUUCCAAAGGUGGUACCCCCGCGUUAAUUAUAAAGACCCAUUUACGGCACAAAAAAACCGACUUGUCGACCAGGUAACAGAUUCAGCACCCAGCCGUUCGGUUUGUUAAUCUGGGCAGGGGCUAUUUCAGCUUUGGCUGUGUGGUUCAAUUAUACUGCGACUAGUCUUGGACUGUGGACUUGUCUGCUGUAUCUGACGAGCCGCGCAGGAGAAGGGCAGAAGAAGAGCUCAGAAGAAAAAAAGUUCCUUAUUCAUCAGAAAUUCCCCGCAGAGUUACAGUUCCCACGGAGACUUUACACCACGUCUGACAUCAUCACACAAAGAGGGAUUAGACAUUCUGCCCAGUUACCGUUCAACACAGAUAGAAAACUACAAAAGUACAAAAAACAACUUAUUGCGCAGCGAAAGACAUUGAGCACCUGAUUGUAACCAAGCAAUCCUUUCUCCUGCAGCCCCCCUUUUCACUCGGAGUGAACUGUUGCAGUUCAGCACAGAGUGAGGCACGGCACACCUGAAACCAUCCACUUCACUAAACCAUAGCUGGGAUCCAUCCAUCCAAACGGCGAGGUUUGGGACAUUAAAGCAGGGAGGGAAAAGCUAGUCUGGACCGGGCCGGAAGUUUUGGCUACAGCCCCACUAACACCAGCGCCUGUUUGACCCAGAUCCCCACCCCUCAACCUGAGCUGGAGAAGUGCCCUCGGGCGAAGCAGCUUGACAACUGGGGUUGCCGGGGAAUUUAAGCCGAGAGCCGGCCCGAGGAUGGAAGAACUGGCCCGAGAGAGCAUCAGCCUGAUGGCCAAGCCUGCGCUGGACACGGAUGGGCCGAAGCUCUCGUCGUCCGGGGCGGUUUUCAUCAUGCUGAAGUCCGCGUUGGGCGCCGGGCUCCUCAACUUCCCCUGGGCUUUUGAAAGAGCCGGGGGCAUCAGUACCGCUGUCGCGGUCGAAAUGGUGUCUCUGGUCUUCCUGAUCAGCGGGCUGGUCAUCCUGGGGUACUCCUCCUCCAUCAGCGGCCAGUCCACCUACCAGGACGUGGUGCGGGCGCUGUGCGGCCUGGCCGUGGGCAAGCUGUGCGAGAUCUGCUUCGUCUUCAAUCUCUUCAUGAUCUCCGUGGCCUUCCUGGUGGUGGUGCAGGACCAGCUGGAGAAGCUGUGUGACUCCCUGUACCUGACUGUGACGGCUACCGCGGGGGCAGAGGUGCCCCAUCACUGGUACAUGGACCAGCGCUUUGCCUUGUUCAUCCUGUGUGUCGUGGUCAUCCUCCCUCUGUCCAUCCCCAAAGAGAUCGGUUUCCAGAAAUACACCAGUAUUUUAGGUACUUUAGCUGCGACCUACUUGACUGUGGUGAUCAUCGUAAAGUACUGCAUGACGGAGCACAGCGGUGUCAUCUACACUCCAAACCAAAGCACCAGGAUAGGCUCUUGGGCUUCCAUGUUCAGUGUCAUUCCAACCAUUUGUUUUGGAUUUCAGUGCCACGAAGCUUGCAUUGCCAUCUACAGCAGCAUGGAGAACAAGAGGAUCUCCCACUGGGUGAUCAUCUCUGUCACCUCCAUGUUCUUCUGCUUGCUCAUCUACACCCUCACUGGUGUUUUUGGAUAUUUAACUUUUGGGAGGAACGUGGCUGCAGACAUCCUGAUGUCCUACCCUGGAAGUGAUGUUGUCAUCAUCGUCGCCCGGCUGCUGUUUGGUGUGUCUAUCAUCACCAUCUAUCCCAUCAUUCUCCUGCUGGGAAGGUCUGUGAUCCAGGGGCUCUUCCUGAGAUACCGCAGGCAACGUACAGUUGUCACGCAGUCGUACGAGAACAGGACGCGGGUCGUGCUGACCGUAGCCUGGAUCGCCGUCACCCUCAUCAUCGCCAUGUUCAUGCCGGACAUCAGCAAGGUCAUCAGUGUCAUCGGGGGCAUCAGCGCCUUCUUCAUCUUCAUUUUCCCAGGCCUGUGCUUGAUAUUUGCCAUGCAGUCGGCGUCUGUUUCUGAGACUGUUUCGCCAAGGACAAGGCUUGCCCUGUCAGCCUGGGGCGUUCUCUCCGUCCUGUGCGGAGCCUUUAUCUUCGGCCAGAGCACCACCAUCGCGAUCAUGGAACUUUUCAACAAGUUUUAACUGGAAGAACCGGGGUGUCGGAGUAUGACUUUUUCAUACCUGCCUUGAAAAUCCUUUCAGUUGGGGAUGUUUUUUUAAAAAAAAUCUAUCAGGCGGCUUCUUUUUCUACAGUUGUUUUUAUAUGUUAGGGGAGAGAAACUGUUUGAACUGCAUGUUUUAAUAUUGUUG